UGCAGCCCCUGACAGGCCAUUUCUGCUCUGCUACAGACGUUAUGUAUAACAUCUUCAUUGUUAUAUUUGUCUUGCUGUGGGAAGAGACUCACGGCUGGGGAUACAAGAAUGGGAUUUUUCACAACUCCAUAUGGCUUGAACAAGCCGCGGGAGUGUACCACAGAGAAGCGCGCUCUGGCAGAUACAAGCUCACUUACUCGGAAGCCAAGGCAGUGUGCGAAUAUGAAGGUGGGCGCCUUGCCAAGUACAAGCAACUGGAGGCAGCUAGAAAAAUUGGAUUUCAUGUGUGUGCUGCUGGAUGGAUGGCCAAGGGCAGAGUUGGCUAUCCCAUUGUGAAGCCAGGGCCCAACUGUGGAUUCGGAAAAACUGGUAUUAUUGAUUACGGAAUCCGUCUCAACAGGAGUGAAAGAUGGGAUGCCUAUUGCUUCAAUCCUCAUGCAAAGGAGUGCGGCGGCAUCUUUACAGAUCCAAAACGAAUUUUUAAAUCUCCGGGUUUCCCAAAUGAGUACGAGGAUAACCAGAUCUGCUACUGGCACAUUAGACUCAAGUAUGGUCAGCGAAUUCACCUGAGCUUCUUGAACUUUGACCUUGAAGAUGACAUAGGUUGUUUGGCGGACUAUGUCGAGAUAUAUGACAGCUACGAUGACGUUCAUGGCUUUGUGGGAAGAUACUGUGGAGAUGAGCUUCCAGGAGAUAUUAUUAGUACAGGCAAUGUCAUGACCUUGAAGUUUCUAAGUGAUGCUUCAGUGACAGCAGGAGGCUUCCAGAUCAAAUAUGUUACAGUGGAUCCCGAGUCCAAAUCCAGUCAUGGAAAAAAUGCAAAUGCUACUUCCACAGGAAAUAAAAACUUUUUCGCUGGAAGAUUUAGCCAUUUGUAAAUCAAAAGAUCAUUCACAGUGUACAGAGUUUAUGUUUGCAUUUUUCUGUAAUCCCUUCAAUCUCAAUUUUAUAUUAUAUUAUUAGCAUUUAUUUAUUACUUUUAAAGGUGAAAUUUCUCAUAACGCCACUGUAUAUAAAUAUCUUUAGUAUUUAUAUAUUUUCUUAAUCAUUUUGCUAUUUGUCAUGUAUGUAUAUACAUUUGAUUUUGAAGUUUUGAACUCUGGUUCCAGGUAGUUUCAUAAUCAGUUUCUUCUACUCUUCAACUUUUCUCCGUAUCACUGAUUAUUGAAUAAAGUGUUCUUUUUCUUCAAUGAUUUAUUUGUUUUACUAUUCAUACUUUAUUUAAGCCUUUAAGUGGUUGGAAUUUUUAAGUUGUU